AGCUUCCAAGCGCCACACUGAGCAUGCUCGGAUUGCUCGAGCAGCUUCCCCACUGCAAGACAGAAGCAAAACCAGAGGAUGGUUCAAGCCUGACUCCACGCUAAGUUUUAUUUCUCGUUUUGAUUUCUUUUGAAGAGGACCAAAUAUGAUUUCCCACCGGAUAUCUUGGAAACCAAUUUUUACAAGAUUUCUCAGGAAAGAUGUUUUGUUUGGCGGUGCUUUCGUCAUCAGACUUAUGCUUGUCUUUUACGGAGUUUAUCAGGACAGAACAAUGCUGGUAAAAUACACCGACAUUGACUAUCAAGUAUUCACUGAUGCUGCCCAAUACAUCACGGAGGCGAAGUCUCCGUACUUAAGAGCGACCUACCGUUAUACGCCAUUGCUGGCCUGGAUCUUAACCCCAAACAUCUACAUUACUCAUCUGUACGGAAAGCUCCUCUUUAUUAUUGGGGAUCUGGUGGCUGCCAACCUCAUGUAUGAGAUUAUUUUGCUCCGAGGGCAGGACAGCAAGAUGGCGUGUCAGUGCUGUGCGUUCUGGGUCCUCAAUCCUCUGCCGAUGACUGUAUCUAGCCGAGGAAACGCUGAAUCCCUUGUAGCAGGCCUAGUUCUGGGCACCAUGUAUUAUAUGGAAAAGAGGCAUCUAACCAAGGCUGCCGUUCUUUACGGCCUAUCCGUACAUAUGAAAAUUUACCCAGCGAUCUACGCGUUGCCCAUAGUUCUCCAUUUGCAACGCGGCCGAAGCGGCGAGGAAGAAAAGACAGACGUGUUGAAGAAAGGGAAAAUUAGCCGCUCUUUCGGCAGUUUCCGGCAGCUUUUUGGAAGGACGUUCAGUCGGGACGUUCUGCUUUUCGGAGCUGUGGCAGGAUGGACCUUCGCAGCCCUAGGCCUUGUUUUUUAUUUCUCUUACGGUUGGGACUUCCUGGAGCAGACGUAUCUCUACCACCUGACCCGCAGAGAUAUCCGACACAACUUCUCACCCUAUUUCUACAUGCUGUACUUGACUGCAAAAAACGAGUGGAGUUUUUUCCUUGGCCUUGCGGCUUUCUUUCCUCAGUUUCUGCUGCUUGUAGCUCUCUCGUUCACUUGCUACAAAGAUCUCAUCUUCUGUUGCUUCCUGAACACUGUCGUUUUUGUGAGUUUUAACAAAGUGUGCACCUCCCAGUAUUUUCUGUGGUACCUUUGCCUUCUGCCCCCCGUAAUCCCACUUUUGAGGAUGUCCUGGGAGAGGGCUGCGUUCCUUCUCCUGCUCUGGCUUGUUGGGCAAGCGCUGUGGCUGGCACCAGCCUACUUUUUGGAAUUUGAAGGGCAGAACACUUUCUUGCUCACGUGGCUAGCAGGCUUGUUCUUUCUUUUUGCCAACUGUGCAAUUCUGGUGCAGAUUAUUUCUCACUAUUGCCCAGGAAAAGCGACCCAGAAAAUGAAGCUAGAGUAAGACUUGCUUUGUUGCACAGGUGAAAUUCUGUGGACUGCUCUUGGAAUGGAGUUACUCAGAUGAGCAGAGCUGAGUUGCAACUUUUAAAAUGGGAUAAUAUAAUUUUGCCAUGUUGUUGAUUUGGAGAGGUUUACAGUGUAUUGGAUAUGAGGAGCUCUGGAGAGGGACUAAGGAAGUAAGAAUGAUGUAAUAUUUUGGAAGGUUUUUAAAAAAAUAUAUUUUAUUCAUUUUAUAAACCACUCUCCCUAUCAGACCGGCUGAGAGCUGUGAACAGUUGGAGUCCCAAGCUCAGAAACAACCAAACUUCUGCAUGGGUAUUGCCUAAACAAAGGGGCCAUAAUCCCUGUUGGCAGGUGCAUCUGAAGAAGAAGAAGAGUUGGAUUUAUAUCCCCCCUUUCUCUCCUGUAAGGAGACUCAAAGGGGAUUACAAACUCCUUUCCCU